GCGUCUCGAUCAAGCGCCGUGUCCGAGCAUCGCGUCGUCAAUUUUUCACUUUUGGGUGUCUCCGCCAUCGUUCUGCUGGCGGUUAUCGCUGCAGGUUAUUUCCUGCGAGGACACCAGCAACAGCGACUCUCGAGAUACUUGGCCAGCAGGUCCCAGCAGCUUGCCGACGCUGGCGAUUGGCGAAAGGCGAAGUUCUAUCAACAGAGGUACUUGCAGGCGCAUCCUCAAGACUUCCAAGCGAGGGUUCGUCUUGUUGAGAUUGCCAGCGAACUUUCUUCCAGCCGCGAAGAUGUGGACUACCUCCUGCGACUGCUGUACGAGACGAUCGGCUUGUCGGGCGAGGGAUCGUCCGAAACGGUUGUCGGGAUGCGAACUCUGCUCGCCGAGAAGUUACUUGUCGUUGGCGACUACCAAGCCGCUAUCCGGGAGUCUCAGCGAGUUCUCGACUCGAAGAGUUCGGAGCAUCAGCCGUCAGCCCGGCGGGUCCUUGCGUUGGCGAGUUGCAACAGCGUUCCAGCGCGGGGUGUUGUGUCCGAGGUCGAGCGGCGCGAACGAUUCGGCAAAGUUCUCCCGCAAGUCCUCGAAGCACUGGCGUCGAAUUCGAAGGACGUCACUCUGGCGCAGACUGCCGCGGAGAUCUACCGAACUUACCCACUCCUGGCGCCCUCGCCCGGACCGAGUGCUGCUGAGCUUGCCGACAAGAUAAUCGAUGAUCUCGUGGCGAGUUCUGCGGGCGACGCCGACGCCUUGUUGGCCCGGUAUCGCUACCGCAAGCGUUACCUUCUCCCCAAGGCCGAAGACGACUUGCAGGCAGCGCUCGCGGCUUCACCAGAACAUUUCGAGGCAAAUCUCUUAUCGGGCUUAGAGUAUGCCGCAACGAAAGAUGAUGCCGAAUCCGUCGGGAACGCUAAACGCCACUUUGAAGCCGCUGUUCGUUCGAAGCCGACCGACGAGCGUGGUUACCUUGCGCUGUCGCAACUCCUGUGGCGAUCAGGAGAGCGUAGCGCUGCCAUUGAAACGCUGGAGUCGGCGUCCCCUCAGCUGCCUCCCACCGUCUUAGCGACGAGGUUUUUGUUGGCAGACUAUCUGUUGGCUGAAGGGGAACACGAGAAAUCGGGCGAGGUUGUCGUCGCUCUAAAAUCGCAAGUAGAGAGCCAGCUUGCUCGCUUCCCUGUGCAAUCGCGAGGCCAACUCACCAACCGUGUACGUCUCCUUGAAGCGCGUCUCGACGCGGCGAGAGGCGACAUCGCUUCGGCAAUCUCAUUGUUUAGCGCUGUAGCCGAUUCGCCGGAGAAUGAGACCGGCAGCACCGCGUCAACCGAGGUAAGCCGUCAGGCGAGGCUUGGCGCGUCUCAGUUGCUCGCGACAGUUGGACACUGGGACCAGGCCGGUCAGGAGCUGGCUCGACUUGCUGACCGCCUUGCCGUGGAGAUCCAGUCCGCUGACGCCCAGAAGGGAGAUGCCGAGUCGCUUACCGAUCCCGUGGCUGUCGAGGGCGAAUACCGCCGUGCACGGCUUCAAGCAGCCGAAGCAUUCCUCCGGUCAGGGCAGCCCCAAGAAGCACGCUCUCAGAUCGAUAUGUUGGGGAAGAUUGGAUCGCUUCCAGUGGACGCGAUCGAGCUUCGACUGGUUGUCGAGCUCGCGCUGCAACUGGAUCUGCAACCUCAGAAUCGUCGGUGGGACGAAUUCGCCUACCUACUAGAGCGAGCUCAGAGCCUGCAGCCAGAGAGUGAGCGGGUUUACUUCGCCGAACUGCAGCAGGCAGUUGCAGUCCACCUAUCAAAUGACUCAUCAGCCAGACUAGCCGAUGUGAUUGCCAGCGGCGAGAAGCAGUUCGGCGAGAGCCCCGGUUUCUGGCGCGCGGCCAUGAGUGCCUACCUGCGGGUUGAUGACGUGCAGGGCGCGGAGCGAUCGGUAGCUCGAUUCUUGGAUGUUGAACCAGACCCGGUGCGUAAGGCCGAAGUAAAAGUCUCGUAUCUCGUCCUCACGAAUCGGCUUGAAGAAGCCAGUGCUUGGCUCUCGGAGCAAAUCGCUCAAAGUCAGGACCCACAGAAGCGAUCGUUGCGUCGCCUAGAAGUGCAGGUCCUUUCACAGUAUCCAGACAAGUCUGACGCACUAUCCAAAGCUACCGCCUUGGCGGAAGCACCUGAGGGCACUAAGGAAGAAGUCGUGCUCGCUCUAGAGUUAGCCGCUUCCCUGCAAGAUUGGGAGAUAGCCGAGAGCUUAGAGGCGCGGCUCGCCGAGCAAAGGAUGAUUUCGCCCUCGGAUGUCGACUUCUACCGGGCGGUGCGACUGAUUGGCACUUACGAGAAACUCAAACAGGGCCAGCGCGAGGAACUCUCGAAGAUCGUAGCGAGGCAACGUUCCGAGAGGCCAGGGUGGCGGAAAGGGGCAGCACUUGCAGCGCAGUACGCGGAGGUUCGAGGUGACGUCAACGGUGCUAUCCAGGCUUACGAACUAGCCGUUACUCUCGGCGACCGCCGCCCUGAGGUACUCGAGCGACUGACCCUGCAUCUUUACCGUACGGGUGAGUACGACCGUGCACAGCAAGUCAUCGAUCGACUCUAUUCGGGCGACGGCGACCUCUCCGUCGGUGCUGAGUCACUCGCCAUCUCGACCGCCGUCAAGAGGCAGCGGAUCGAAGACGCGCUCGUUAUCGCCCGCAGGUCAGUGGAAGCCCACCGAAACGAGGUGGAACGACGGCUGUGGCUCUACAACGUCUUGCUGGCUGCCGAGAAUCCGACCGAGGCAGCCUCGGUAUUGGAAGAAGCCCGGGAGGAUUUCCCCGAUGACGAAUUG